GGCCUUCUCUUUUGCUUUGUAAAUGUAGGGUCUUUCUUUCAUUACACGAGAAAAUCCCAAGCCCUCCCGCCUUCCGCUUCUUCUUGAAUCUUAUACUACUGUAUAGUUUGUACAAUACAAAGCAGUAGAAAGAUAAAGUAGAUAGAUGUGGAUAUAGUCAUGGAUAAAGAUAGAGAAAAAUAAACUAAAUAAAGAAGAAAGAGAGAGACAGAGGAAAAUAUCAACAGUAGAGAUAGUGAGUGAGGGGGAGGGGGACUGGGUUAUGUGGUGGAGUUUCUUCUCUGUAGAUGAUGGAUACCCCAGAGAAAACCCAGAUCAGCUCUUCACUCUCAAAGUUUGAGGAUUCCCCAGUCUUUAACUAUAUCAAUAGCCUUUCCCCCAUCAAACCAGUGAAAUCCAUACACCCUACGCAGACAUUCAACCCACUUAGCUUUGCAUCACUUCCAUCUAUUUUCACUUCACCCCAUGUCGGCUCUCACAAGGAAUCUAGAUUCCUGAAAAGGCAUAGCUAUACCGAUUCAUCAAAACCUGAGUUGUCUUCUGGUGAGGGGCAUAAAGUUAGUACAAAUCAAGAGGCUGGUAUGGUAGCAGGUCAGCUGUGUGAUAGCACUGCUGAGCUACAAGAGAAUUUUAAUCCUGGAGUUUCCCUGGGUGAAGCUUCUCUUGAGCUGCCUACUGGAACUUCAAGGUUUGCAAUUGAGCUGCCACGAACCUUAAAUUAUGAUUGUGGCAGCCCCAACAGCGAUCCAGCACCUUGUGUUAUUGAGACAAAUUGUGUGUCAGAAUCCACUUGCACAUCUCUCUCAAUUGUUCCGUUUGAUCAAGAGGCCUCUGAAAAAGGUUUAUCUGAUGGAGUAGAAGCAGUAGGCAUUUGUCAGAUUGAGCAAGAAAAGCAAAACAUAGAAUGUAACUGGGAGAAUUUGAUCUCUGAUGGGGCUGACCUAUUGAUUUUUAAUUCGCCUAAUGAUUCGGUGGCUUUUAGGGGUGCAUUUCAGAAAUCAUUGGACCCAGUUACAAGAUUUUGUCCUACUCUUAUUUCUCGGUUCCCACAAAAUGAUAUCCAUGAAGUGUCCCAAACCACUGUUCAUUCCUAUGAACGUAAAGACCCUUGUCUGCAAACUGGAGAAGCUGGUGAGCUGGAGGAAAUAAACCAUGCACAUGGAAAUUUUGAGGUUACUAGUGUGACUAACUGCAUGUCUGGCAGUCUGACUGACAAUGUGGAAACUGGGAUGUGUGACUUAUAUUCUUUUAAGCCUGGUUCUAAUUUGCAUCGUGGAUUAAGAAGGCGCUGUUUAGACUUUGAGAUGCUGGCAGCUCGGAGGAACAACUUAGAUGAUGGUUCAAAUACCAGCUCUUAUGUAGAUAACCAAUUGGUGCCUACUAAGCCUGGCAAUGAUUCCUCAAGGUGCAUUUUACCAGGAAUUGGUCUGCACUUAAAUGCUCUUGCAAUAACUUCAAGGGAUAACAAGAAUAUCAAACAUGAAACUUUAUCUUCUGGGACACAAAAGAUAAGUUUCCCUGGCUCCACUACAUCCAUUUUACCCCCCACAGCAGGUCAAGAAGCUGUUCAUGAAUCUUUGACUUCGGCCUCUACUGAAAGAGAAAUAGAUCCUGCUGAAAAUGGGGUUCAACUUGCAGAAGAUGCUUCUCAGGCAUCUGCCUAUUUAGCUAAUGAAGAGUUCAAUCAAAAUAGUCCCAAAAAGAAGAGACGGAGAUUGGAACAAGCAGGAGAGAAUGAGGCCUGUAAGCGUUGCAACUGCAAGAAGUCAAAGUGUUUGAAACUCUACUGUGAAUGUUUUGCUGCUGGUGUAUACUGCAUAGAGCCAUGUUCAUGUCAAGACUGCUUUAAUAAGCCUAUCCAUGAGGAUACAGUACUUGCAACUCGCAAGCAGAUUGAGUCUCGUAACCCACUUGCAUUUGCUCCCAAAGUCAUCAGGACCUCUGAUCCAAUACCUGAAGUUGGGGAUGACUCUAGCAAAACUCCAGCUUCAGCUCGACAUAAAAGAGGAUGCAACUGCAAGAAAUCAAGUUGCCUGAAGAAAUAUUGUGAAUGCUAUCAGGGUGGUGUUGGAUGCUCCAUCAACUGCAGAUGCGAAGGGUGUAAGAAUGCAUUUGGUAGGAAGGAAGGAUCGGCUAUAGAGGAAACAGAAGGACCAGAAGAGGAAGAAACAGAUCCUUCUGACAAGAAUGGGGUGGACAAAAGUUUAGAGAAAGCUGACAUCUUGAAUACUGAAAAGCAAACUCCAGUUUCUGCUCUCCCAACAACUCCACUACAGCUUUGCAGACCUUUGGUUCAACUGCCAUUUUCGUCGAAGAGCAAACCACCACAGUCCUUUACCGCCAUUGGAUCGUCUUCCACACUGUAUAAUGGGCAAAGAUAUGGAAAGCCUAAUAUUAUUCGGCCUCAAAACAUCAUUGAAAAGCAUUUCCAAACUGUCGCAGAAGAUGAAAUGCCUGAGAUUCUACGAGGCAAUUCUUCACCCGUAACUGCCAUCAAGACUUCUUCUCCCAACAGUAAGAGGAUCUCUCCUCCUCAAUGUGAGUUAGGGUCAACCCCUGGUCGGAGGAGUGGCCGGAAGUUGAUAUUGCAGUCAAUACCAUCAUUUCCUUCUCUUACUCAGCAUUAAAAU